UUUGAGCCAAGUUUAACAGUGAGAUCCAAGAUUUUUCGAUUCCAGUGAAGAGAUGAGUCGUGUACAGUUCGUAUUUUUGCUUGUCGCUCUGCCGGCAGUUUUCGCUCAGAUCUACUAUCCGGAUUAUCCUGGAUAUAACAUCCCUGGCGAUUGUAACACUAACGUCAAUGGAAUUCCCAUAUCGACUGGCAGUGGCGGAUGUAACAUAAAUAUCAACGGCAAUCGACGAAACAUGAAUAACAACUACCGUCAGGAGGUAGGGUUGCCCUACGAAGCAAACAUCAAUGUGAUAAGAUCUGGUAUCCCAGAAAAUUGUAAAGGAUCCGUGUUACACAAGCGCUGGAUUUUAACAGCAGCUAGCUGUAUUGACCAACUAGGUUAUCCAGCCAGUGUGAGCGUCUCACCAAUUACAUCACCGAACGUUGGGAGUCCAUAUGGUUAUGAAAAACUCUUUGUACAUCCAAAUUACACUCCGGGUCUUCCGGCAAACGACAUAGGACUUAUUCGCCUCAACAGAGACAUCGACGUAAGAGUCAGUCAAAUCCAAAUGGCUCCAAGCAGUUACGAAUCUGUUCCAGGCACCAUCGCAACGGUAUCAGAGAACGAGCAAAAGGCCGACUUUGUGAUCAUCAGUGAACAAGAGUGUCGCAAUCAACUCAAUAACGUGCUCACCGAAGUCCAGGGAUCCGCAAAGGAGACUCGGUUUUAUCAGAAUGCAAUUAGCAAUAUAAACACUCUAGUAUGUGCCAAUCCUAGCAGCGAUGUGACUCGUUGUGGCGGUGACAGAGGAAGUCCGCUGGUAUCCAGUGGAAUGCAGAUUGGAAUCGUAGAAGGUUCACAAACCUGCAACGGUUUUCCAGGACUAUACACGAAGGUCUCCAAAUUCUCGGAAUGGGUCAAUCAGGAGAUGCUUCGAUACCCCGAUUACUUUUCUCUUCAAGUCAACUAAUCCGCCUAAAAAUGCGCGAGGAGAAUAAACACUGCCAAUUUGUAAUUUGAAUAAAUAUACAAUCCUUCAAAGACGAAA